AGACAUCACCGCCUCUGGCUUCCUCCUCUUCACUCUUUUAUUUUGAUUUCAUUUUUUCCCCCCCACCACAUUCAUGGAUUAAAUCAAACAUUCACUUCCUGUGUGAGGAUGAAAAAGUCUAAAGUGGAGUUAAAAAUGAAGUCUGGACUCUUUUAUUAAAGCUCAGUUCAACCCUGGAGGAGUGAAGAUGAAAGUUUGGCUCCUUGUCACCUUCUGCUCCUCGUGUCUGCUCAUGGUUGACGGACGACAUCCAACCUGUAACUUCCUGUUGGAGGUGGAGCGAGACCAGGCGGAGUGUCUGAGGAGGCUGAGAGAGGAGGAGGAGGCCGCCGGCAGCCACACAGAGUCGGGAUGCAGAGGAGCAUGGGACAGCAUAGCAUGCUGGGAGCGAGCAGAGAUCGGAGAGAUCGUCACCAUCCCCUGUCCGCGAGUUCUCAAGACUGUGUUUGGCAGAAAUGGUAACAUUAGCAGGAACUGCACGUCAGCAGGAUGGUCGGACGUUUUCCCAAACAUCACCAGCGUGUGCGGGUCGGACACGAGCCAGGACAAGCUGAUCUUCUACAUGGUCGUGCAGACGUUGUACACUCUAGGUCACAGUCUGUCUUUGAUCGCCCUCACCACGGGGAGUGCCAUCCUCUGUCUGUUUCGGAAACUCCACUGCACCAGGAACUACAUCCACCUCAACCUGUUCGUCUCCUUCAUCCUGAGAGCCGUGGCCGUGUGGGUGAAAGACGACAUCCUCUUCAACCGAAACUCGCAGUGCUCCAACCAGCCGUCACUGGUGGGAUGUAAAGCCAGUCUGGUGUUUUUCCAGUACUUCAUCAUGGCCAACUUCUUCUGGCUGCUGGUGGAGGGUCUCUACCUCCACACUCUGCUCGUCGUCAUCUUCUCCGAGAACAGACACUUCAUCGUCUACAUGUUCAUCGGCUGGGGAAUCCCCACCGUGUUCGUGUUUGCGUGGGCGAUGACGAGGUUUUAUCUCGAGGACACGGGAUGCUGGGAGACAAAUGACAACCCCAUACCCAACUGGGUAAUCAAUGGACCAAUCGGAUUCUCCAUUAUGGUGAACUUCAUCCUGUUCAUCAGCAUAAUUCGGAUCUUGGUUCAGAAGUUGAGGUGUCCUGACGUGGGUGGCAACGACCAAUCGCAAUACAGGCGGUUGGCCAAAUCCACUCUCCUGCUGAUCCCUCUGUUUGGGAUCCAUUAUGUUGUUUUCGUUUCUCCCAGUGAAUCCAUCGCAGAAGAUUAUAAAAUAUUCUUUGACCUGGCCCUCGGAUCCUUUCAGGGUCUCGUGCUGGCCAUACUGUACUGUUUUCUAAACAGUGAGGUUCAAGGCGAGCUAAAGCGAAAGUGGCGGAGUAUGUGUCUCAACUGCCGUCUGAACAGAGACCACCACUUUAACAGCAACUUCGCCUCCAGGAAUGGUUCAGAGCACAUGGUGCAGUUUCACCGCAACUCCCGAACCCAGUCCAUCCUGCAGUCAGAGACCACGGUGCUGUGAGGACCUGAGGGAUCCUUUAAGAAAACAAAAAAGAAGGGGCGG